CACGAACGUUGCGCCUCCUCUCAGCGAGGCUCGCAUUGUUGCUUAAACACACCCCGAAGACUCGCAUCUUCGUAGGCGGGGGUAAUACUAUGGGCUCCUUCGCUCUGGCUACACCGUGGCCCCCGCCAAAGCUCCCCUUGGAGUAGGGUGUGCACAUGUACACAGAUCCCCAUUAGCGACAUCUUUGUUUCGAUUUACUUCCCAUACGCCUGGAGCGCGCAAACCUUGAUCGGUUUUCCUCUACUAGGAGGUCUGUAUCUACAUCGGCAGUUGCGCAAACCAGCAUGCAUCGUCCAGCCAUGGCAACGUUGAAACGCCAUAUAUCUGGACUCUUACGACGACAUGACAUUUCGGUUUCAAAGAGAAAUCAAAGACCACCAAAAGGCUAUCACGGGAAACAUUUGGAGACAAAGCGACCGGUAUAAUGGUGGUAUCGGCAUUAUUUUCUUUCUUUGGGCGUUGAAUGUUAUUGGCUGGCUGCGUCAGCUGGCUGUAACAUUCUUCUUUACCCUGGUUCACUUCUUGAACAUUGACCUUUCCAUGUUGUACGUAAGAAAGCUUCGAUUCUUCUUUGAAUCUUUUGGACGUCGGAUAUCUUCCGCUCGUCUGUUUGGCUUGGAGUUUUACCUUCGUCAUUGUCAGAGGUUUACUCAAGCCCGAAGGUAUUUCUGUGGAGGAUUGCUUGGUUUGGUAGAUGUUGUUGUGCAUGGUGCGCUUGCAUGUUGGUCUCGGGGCAACCUGACCACGGCGUCGCUGAAGGCAUCAUGGGUUUCUCGGAGCCAGGACCAAAAGGUCCUCAUCCAGUACACAUAGACACCAAUACAGACCAAGUUCACAUAACAUAUU